AUGUUGUUAUCCACGUUUCUUCGACAUGAACGAAUCUCAUUUUGCCAUGACACAUUUGAAUGUUGGUGGAUUUUCAAUAUGCACAGUGUAGUGGAUGUGGAAUGGGUUCGUCGAGGACUAGGCCGUUACCACAAAUUGCAGCAUUCUAGCAAUCAUCGGCAACCGCUCAUCGCAUCAGUCAAUCCACAAAUAUUCUACAAAGCUAUUCCCAAACCAGGAUCAUUCACGAAUUAUUCUGCCGCAAAUAUGAUCGAUAUUAUGGAAAAUAAUAGUGUUAUCACAGCGAUGUUAGAUUUGAAAUUGCGGGAUGAAGACGGCAGUCUAAAAUCUGUAAUUAAUCUACCAGUAGACGUGUUGAAACAGUAUUGUCAUUUGGAUCAAGUGGCAAAUUUUGCUAAUCUUACUUUGUUUAUAUACAAUUCAAAUAGUACAGCUACAUAUUCCGAAAUCAGUGAUACAUCUAUCCCCUACACAUUGAAACUAUUAUUGUCUGUUUUAUUCAUUCUUGUUGGAUGCAUUGGAUUUGUUGGGAAUGUCCUUACAGUACUAGUUAUCUAUAAGACAGCUUCACUGCACUCGCAUACAAAUUAUUUUCUUGCAUCACUUGCCAUAUCCGAUUUGUGUUUAAUUAUUGUUGGUGUACCGUUUGACUUAUUUCAUCUCUGGAGGAAGGACCGACCACCAGCAAUUACCGGAUAUUGUGCAUUUAUGAGUACCUCUAUAUCAUUAUUUACAUUCGCAUCUAUUUUGACUAUCGUAUCAUUGACAGCGGAACGCUUUGUUGCUAUAUGUUAUCCAUUCAGUCAUCGAGCUUUGUUUGAUAAACGAAGAGUGAUAUAUCUUAUAUAUUUAAUAUGGAUAAUCGCAUUUUUUCCAUCAUUGUACAUAGGUUUACAGUUCAAACGAGUUGUACCGGAUUUUUGUGGCUACAAUCGAGAGUUGGACUCUCAACGAGGAAGUUGUGACUAUGUAACAAGCCAGAAUAUACCUUUCAGAUAUCCAUUUGAGUUAACAAUGGUUGUCACAUUCGUAUUACCAUUGAUAUUCAUUGUCUACUGUUACGUACGCAUUCUUGCCACACUCAAUGAAAUGGCUGCAGCGACACGAGUACACGUUCCAAUCGGGAACACCAAUAGUACAGAUUCUGCUCAGCCAAGUAUAUUGUACGUUCAUACGAAAAAUUAUGCUCCACCUAAAAGUCAACAAGCACAACGAAUGGUCAUUAAAAUGCUAUCUACCGUAACUGCUGUAUUCUUCGUCUGUUAUCUACCAUAUCACAUAGAACGAUUAAUAGUUCAAUAUACAAAACAGCAAUGCGACAGUUCUAUGUUUUGUUUCCUUCUCUAUCCAGUUACUGGUCUACUACAAUAUAUUUCGGCUACGCUCAAUCCAAUAUUUUACAAUCUAAUGUCAACAAGAUUUCGAACAGCAUUCACACAACUAUUGCAUCAAAUACUUCCAAAACAUGAUCAAAACUACGGUUCAAUAGCACGAAUCUAA